AUGGACGACGAUACGUUCUCUUCGCCGCCGCCGGUGCCCUUUCGAGCACCAUCGAGGGCGGCGUCUCAUCAUCGAAGGAAUUCGUCAAUGGGCGCGGUUCCCUCGUCGCUUUACGAACCCUUCUCUCCAGUGGUUGAUGAUCACGAUAUAGGUUCCGACAAUGCUGAGGAGGAACCCUUCUCAUCAUUUGAUCCGCGCCGAUUUACUCCCACACUUCACGCAAAUCUAGUCUCCGAGAUCUUGUCUCUGAGGAGAGAACUCGAGAGCAAGAACAAAGAAAUCGGAAAAUUGGAGACGAGUCUUGAUGAGUCACAAAACCAAUAUGAGUUACUGAACGAGAAUAUGACAAAGAUCACCAAGGAAAACCGUUCUCUGAAAAAACAGAUGAGCCUACUCGAAGGAGGCACCUUGUCAGCAAUUACAGAGAUAGCCAAGGAGCGGGACGAGGCUGUUGAAAACAUUACAGAUGUCCGAAAACGAUUGGAACAAGCCCAGAAGAAACUCAAGUCCAAGGAGGACGAAGUGGAUACAUCCCAUUCACUCUGGGAACGAGAUAGGGAAAAUUGGGACACGGAAAGGAGGAAUUGGGAACGGAAGGUGCACAUUGUGGAGAACAGACUCAAGACCAUCCUUCACGAAGUCGCAGCGGCACAAGCUGCAGGUAAUCUCCAGAAAUUGAAUGACGCUGAUGAGGACGCUACAAAGGAUAAUAGUACGACCCUGGACAGUGCCAGCGUGCGAUCAAGCAGUGCCUUUGACCGACGCAGAGCGAGUGCAAGUAGUGCUAGCACAUAUGAUGGAGAGCCCUUGAACAGCGGCCGAUUCUCUUCGAUGAGUUUCGCCAACGCAAAUGGUGUCAAAGGAGACGGGUUCAACUUGGCAGACGAACUGGCGCUGGACGAAGACGAAGAAGACUAUAUGGAUCUCGUAGACGAGAUACCGGGGAUGCGCCCUCACUCAGUUGCGUCACAAUCAUCUUUGAAUACGGCACUCAAGGCACGGAAGAUACUGGGCUUAUCUAUGGAUGGAAAUGUGGCUGUUGUCACGAGGGACUUUAUGAGUAAUGACGAGUCUGUACCUACGACCAACGUUGCAGAAGUUAAACGACAACCGGAAUAUCGCGAUGUUGGCAUCCAGUUCACCCCGCCUCCAUCUCCUUUGCUACCCGCAAGCGAGCCUGAAGUUGUCAAAGAGCCAAAGGCAGAGCCCGAGAUUAUCCCAACUGUGGUUCCCGAAAUGAAAGACACUGCAGUGGAACCUAUUGCCGUAGAGAUGUUUUCCACGUCGUGCCAGACUGAUGACGUUGUGAUUUCUGUCGCAGCUCCUGAAUCUGUCGAUAUCGAUGCACAAGUGGCUACAGAACCCGCCAAAAUACCAACUGUCUCUGCGUCCACACAGACUGACGCGAUAUCUGAAGUGGACAAACCGACGCAAAGUUCUACAGCAGAAGAAGCCGAAGCGACAACUGUGAGCAGUCCAACCGUGCCAACAAUUGCGAUCAUUCCUCCGGGAUCGGAGCCAGCAACACCACGCACCAGCCUUGUCUUGCCUCCCCACACAAAAAGCAUUGCAUGUCAAACAGAAUAUGAGCAUUCGUAUGACAUGCGAUCCGUCGGCAUGCAAACAGAAGCAAUUCAAGUUGAUCAGCGCCCAGUCAAGCUCCCCGCAAGCCUCCUCCCGUCAGCCAUCUUGGACAAAGCAGAUAAGGUCGACGCAGAACUUAUUUCGAUGCCGUUUAUGUCUCCUCCUCCCCGCUCUCCCAACAGGCCUCUAAACAGAAUCCUCGACUCGAAAGACAAGGACAAGAGAUCCAAAAUUCAGUCAGACCUUGUUCAAGCUUACCCAGGAAACAAUGAUAAUGGACCGUUGGCAGAAGAUGACGCAUCUGACAUACGUAGACCGUUCCGAUCAAGCAGUCUAUUUGCUGGAUUUGACGACACGAACGAUGAUGAAUUGCCAGAAAUGCUGCCUGAACUUCCUGAUGUCUUUAGUGAUGACGAAAUAUUAAACCGUCCAAUGGCUUCUUAUACAUUACGUUCUGGACGCAUGGUCAAUCGGUCGGGCUUAAGUAACGAUGCCCUUCGCGAAGAGGACGAAUUUGAUAUUGACCUGCCUUCAACGAUGGAAACUGGAGACAGUGCUGGACGGAAGACGCUUCACUCGAAGGGCUCAGCUGGGUCAAAGCAGCCUGACAUUCGUCGGUCGACGUUGAUAACCAACGGCGCUGCUGCACACCAGAGGAACCGACCCCGUAGCCCGAGUGAUCCUAGCAUCGACAGUGCAUCUACUAGUGCAGCUCGACCUCCAUUUCCCGUACCAGUGCGACUUAGUUCAAGAAAUGUGCCAACCAGGCAGAGUGAUGACAAUCAAAGCCCUACGCCUUACAGUGAUGGAAAUAGUUCUACGAGACGAAAAACCCGACGUAUCACGAGACAACCUACAGUGCGUAAAGCCAGGUCAGCAACGGCCAUGGAAAAGAACCAGCAAGAGCGGGCUGGCAGUCGAUCGCCUCCUCCAAUGUCUGCUUCAGGGAUGUCGGGAAUGUCAAACUCUUCUUAUGCUCCAGAUAGUCCUCAACUGCCACCCCUUCCACCUAUCCCUACGGAUGAAGCAGUCAUCUAUCGUCCAAAGAGAACUGCACGCAGGAUCCCAUCCAGUCGUCCUGGCUCAAUUCGGUCCCAGGCUCAGUCAUACAGCAUAGAAGAACCCGCCUCUGAUCAUGUGCAAUCAACUAAUGUUGUCGACGCUAUUGCGCAGACCAUGGUUGGCGAGUGGAUGUUCAAGUACGUCCGUCGACGUAAAUCUUUUGGCAUGUCUGAUCAUAAAGACACUAUUGAUGCUGGGAAGAGUACCGAAGAGGUUUCCGCAAGUAUCACAAGCACUGGAGUCCGACAUAAGAGAUGGGUGUGGCUGGCUCCUUAUGAGCGCGCUGUUAUGUGGAGUAGUAAGCAGCCGACUAGCGGACCUGCGCUUUUGGGUAAAAAUGGACGAAAACUCAUAAUUCAAUCCGUGCUUGAUGUCAAAGAUGAUACGCCGCUUCCGAAAGGGUCAAAUGUUGCGGCACCCUUCAACCGAUCAAUCCUUAUUCUUACUCCUCAACGUGCUCUGAAGUUUACAGCAAUGUCGAUAGAGCGUCAUUAUGUGUGGUUGACAGCUCUUUCUUUCUUGAGCCACACUUCCAUUGGUAUGGGCGAACUACCUGCAAUUCCGCCACCGAUUCCACAGGACGAAUACAACGCUCGACCACCCACAGCCAGUCUGCGUCGAAACCCUAUCCGAGACUCGAUCAGAGUUGCCAAGGGCAAACCUCGACCGCAGCCAAGUAAACGAUCCUUUACUGACAACUCAACACUUAACCCUGAAUAUUCUGGUACCGGCUUUGACCUGGAACCGAUCAUGGAUGCAGCAGAUCCACCCACCAUCCCUAGAUACGCAGGCCAUACGCGGAAACGCAGCAACACAGCGCCCAAGGCUCCACUCACGGCUGCAUUUCGCAGCUUCUCCAGCCACGCGACCUUAGCAUCCAGUUACAGCGCCAUUACAGCAGCCUCCUCUGAUAUUUACACCACAUCAUCCAUCGGCGUCGCUUCGGGUUUGAUGAGCGGACGAAGCAGCGUCAGCCGUCGUACAUCCGAAGCCAGUGGACCAUCUAGUAUUGCGAACGGAAGCCUCUUUGAUCCUAUGGGCACGGUGCGCAUGGAAGCGUUCAUUGAUCGUGUCGACCAUCCUCGAUCCCGUACCACAAACGUUAUGAACCACAGCCAACGCAAUCGAGCAGCUCGCAAACCCGACAACGCUCAAUGGAAUGUAGGGAAUAGCUUUGACUUGGCUAGGUCCGAAGAUGGGAGUGAAGCGUACUACCGGAAUGACGACUUGUUCCGUGGGUUUUGA